AAACAAAUAUGUAGUAGGUUGAUACAAUAUGACUUGAUGAAGAGUUAUUCAAACUUAAAGUGUAAAGUAUUGGAAAAGUAGGCUUUGUCUUAAUCAGCAAUUAAUAUGAACAAAAUUACUUGUUUAAAACAUGGCGCUCUUUACUCGCCUUAAUUGUGGACUUAAAUAUAGUGAUAAUGAACGCAAGUGUUAAUUUCUGAUACAUAAAAGGGUCUGAUGCAAUGGAAAAAGAUUCCUUGUUGUUUGAGCUAUCGGUAAAUGAAGACGAUGCUAAAGAGGUCAAGGAUCAUUUUGAAGACAAUGGUUAUAAAGGACUCAAAGAGCUGUUAGUGAAGAAACGCGACCAAUGGGUAGAUGUUCCAAUUCAUGUUGCUCUUUCAGGCACGCUGGGUGCUGGAAAGUCUAGUUUCAUCAAUAAUAUAAGAGGAAUAAAAGCAGAUGAUAAAAUUGGAGCAGCUUUAAACUAUGGUCAAACUACAAUAGAACCGAUACCGUAUUCUCAUCCGAACAAGCAUUAUCUCAAAUUCUGGGACUUGCCACAAUUAGGUUCAAGAGCUUUUACAAAGGACCUUUACUUUAAGAACAUAAAGGCUGAUAGAUAUGACUACUUCCUGAUAUUCGGGAAGUCUACGUUCACUGAAGAUGAUUUCUGGUUUGCUAGUCAACUGUAUUCGUUGAACAAAAAGUUCUACUUUGUUUGUACUCAUGUUGAUAUAUGCGUGGAAAAAGCACUAGAAGAAAAUAAAAAAUCUGACCCGAGAGAUGUUCAGAAUAAAACAUUGAAUACUAUAAGAGAGGGACUUGCCAAAUCUGUCAAAGAUGCGAAAAUUAAAGCGGAUUACAUUUAUCUCAUAACCACAUCAGAUGUUCGUAAAUAUGAUGGCCCUAGGUUAGCGGAUGCAAUGAUAGGUGAUUUGUCGGAACGGAAAUGGGAGGCAAUGGCAUUGACCAUACACGUGUAUGCGAAGGGGGUGAUGCAGCAAAAGAGACGCGCUUUGCAGAAGCGGGUAUGGAUUAUCGCUUUGAUGUCGGGUCUUGAAAAUGCUUGUCACAUCUAUGGACUUUCGUUCUAUUUGGAUUUAGAACCCGUUAUAGCGGAAGUACAAGAAUAUAGGCGACAAUUUGGUUUGGAUGAUGCUUCAAUUUUGAAAAUUGCUCGAUCGUUAGACACAACGGUUGAAAGCCUCAAAAAGGCGUCUGCGUUUAAAACAAAUUAUUCCCAAUUAGCAGAUGGAGGGCUUUUGAAUCAGUAUAAGACGUUGAGCGUGUAUGAUGUGGCAGACGGUAUCACUCAAAGCUUCUCACCAAUUCUCGGCGGCUUGAUAUCCGGGAACUCAUCUUUUGGAUCUACAUAUUAUGUUCUAAACAGACUUCUGGACAUGAUGGAAACCGACGCGUUGCGAAUGAUUGAAUAUGUGAAAUACAGGAGCGCUGAGUUAUGAAACCGCCAAAUAUAUUCACAUUUUAGGGUUGUACUUUAGGAGAUUAAUAUAUGCAUUCGGUUGAUGAAAAUCUUUGAAAAUGAAACAAAUAUCAAGUUAAUUAUUUGUAAAAAUUAUACGAUUUUUUAUGGAUACUGAAAUUAUAUAAAGGCAACGUGCGGAAUGUUUGCUUUACAUUGUGAAAUGUCUCAUACUGUUAUCAUGAAGUGAAAGACGUACUGUAGCAGAAUAUUUGUAUCGCGUUUGAAAGUUAGAAUUGGCUAUACAGAAUUUCCGUAUAGUUUCGCCUGAAUGUGUUUAUUCAAUUAAAGAAGUUAUCAGAUUUAAAUUGAAUAUUUCAUUAACAUAUGUUUUACAUAAACUUGAAUCAGACAUAUUUUAGAAUUAUAAAUAUCAAAUAUACAAAGUGAUCUUUGCAAUCAGUCUUUAAUCAAUAGAUAGACACUCGUGAGAUAGUUCAGCUCUCUGUAUAUGGAGGUAAAUAAAUUAUCUAUCGCGGGUACAAAACAAAAUGGAUACUCGAUAUGUUAUUGCCAUGGCUGAACUUCGAUCCUAUAACUGUAUAAUAAGCAGUUUUAGAUCGUAUUUCAUUGACAUUAGGGAAUCAGCCAAGCAAAGUUUACAGAUGUUGUGGAUAAACAAAAGAUAAAUAAUACAAAAAGAAUGCAGAUAUCAAAGUAGUGUUAAAUGUUUGGCAAGGAUGUGGGUACAUUAGUAACUUUAUUCGUGAGCUAAUGUAUUGUUCUCUAUGACAUUAGAUAGACGGUAGUAAUUAAGUGUUAAUAUAAUACAUUUAGUUUUGACGUCUUCUUUCUUGUAUGAAAUAUGCACCGUGUAUACGGCUGUACAUUAAUUUAUUUACUUGUGCAAAAUUUCAUAUAAGGCGUAAAACUUGUUUGUUUCCGGUAUCCUAAAUUUUUCGCCCGGUUCUAAUUUUUUAUGGCCUUGGAGAUUUUAUUCCAACUCUUUUACAAAAAGUUGUAAAACUACACUUUUUAUAAUUUCCUCCACCUUUUUUACACACGCAUCUAUUUCAGCUGGAUUUUUACUUGAAAAAUGCCCAUAAUUCCACUUUAAACAUGGUCAGUGAUGUUAGAAAUCAUCUUACUGAUGCUCUAAAGGCAUAACCCCUUAUCUGUAUUCAUUUCUGACACAAAAAUAAUUUCCGAAAAAAAAAACUCUUGAUAAAAAGAUUUAAAAAACAAUUACCUACCUAUCCUAUUUUUUAGCAUGUUACUGGAAACAAACUUUUUUUAGGCCCAAUUAUGUUUGAAUGUAGCAUUUUUGUAUACAUGUACAUGGCAUUGUCAAAAUAGUUAGCUGUUAAAGUAACAUAAUUAUUAUGCAAAUAUUUAGUUUAUAAUAUAAAUUACUUUAUACA